AACCAAGACAAUAUGAAAAUCAAUUCACGGAGUAUCAGCUUUUCAAUAACAAUAUUCAUAUUACUUACAUCUCUUGUCUUCAUAGUGCAAUUAAUGUCUUUAGUCAAUGCUGCGGAAACUUUAGGGAAUCCGUAUCACAUUUUAGGUAUUUCAAGAUACGCGACAUUAAAGGAAAUACGUAAAGCUUAUAAACAAUUAGUUAAAGAAUGGCAUCCUGACAAAAAUGAUAAUCCAGCAGCCGAAGCUAAAUUCGUAGAAAUAACAAAAGCUUACGAGCUAUUGUCUGACCCUGGAAGAAGAAAUAAAUUUGAUAACCAUGGAAUAACCGAGGAAAGUUUACCAAAUCAAAGAAGGGAAAGUAAUAAUUUUAAUGUACCAGAUCCAUUUGAAGGUUUUUUUUCUGGAAACUUUCAAUUUCAUUAUCAGAGCAGAGAUAUUUCUCUAUUUCAUAUGAUGAGUAUUAGUCACAGAGCUUAUGAAAAUACUAUUUUACCAAAGAGUUUUCGGACACCCCAUUUAAUACUUCUCUAUUCAGAUUGGUGUUUCGCUUGUUUACAAGUGGAGCCUACAUGGCGACGAUUAAUCGACGAACUCGAACCAUUGGGCAUUAAUCUAGUUACCGUUCACGCAGAAAGAGAAUUAAUUUUAUCGAGAAAGUUGAAUGUUCAUUCCUUACCUUGUCUUGCUAUUACUAUCGAUGGACGAACUAGUAUAUAUAAAGAAUCCUUAUUCAGUGUUCAGAAAAUAAUUGAUUUUCUCAGAAGCAAGUUCCCAUACAGACUAUUUUAUAAUAUCAAUAACAAAAAUGUAGAUAGUUUUCUAUCCGGGUGGAUUGAUAAUAAGGUUAGAUCACUAAUAUUUGAAAAUAGAGACACACCAAGGCUACGAUAUUUAAUUAUUGCCUUACACCAUAGAGAUCAUGUCGUUUUUGGCUUUGUUCAGACUGGCAUUCGAGAAACAGAGGCUAUCACUACAAAAUAUAAAAUUUCUGAAGAUUUAGAUACUCUUUUACUCUUUAAUGAGAAUGCGGAGAAGCCUAUGGCCUCUGUUAGCACGCACGAUAUUCCAAGUGACAUGAUGCAUAAUAUGAUAAAAAAUAAUAAAUUUCUAAUAUUACCGAGACUUUCGAAUCAAGCCGUAUUAGAUUCUGUUUGUCCACAAGAAUGGCAAAGGCCACAGAAACGAUUAUGCGCAGUUCUAGUGUCACAAAAUAGUCCUGAACAUGACUUAGCAAGAAAUAAAUUUCGACAAGCUGCACUAGCAGCAUCGUACAACUUUGAUCGAGUAAAAUAUGCAUAUGUAUUUAAAGAAACCCAACCGCAAUUCAUAUCAGCUCUUUCCAGUAGCGAAGGCAGUCCACCAGAUCCAAUGCAUCAUAUUGUAAUUAUUUGGAGAAGAGAUUCUAGUCACAUAAAGUAUGAAUGGUUUUCCGUUGAUUGGACCGAAACAACAACAGAUGAAAAUCAAUGGAACGAAACUCGUUUAAAUUUAGAACAAACAAUACAAAAACUUUUACGAGCUUCUGAAGCUUUACCGUAUGCUGCUGAAGUUCAAGAACUAACGGAUGAGCAUGCUUUGGGUAUGGUUGAUAAAUUAAUUAGUAAGGCAAUGCUAGCAGUCGAUUAUCUGUCGGAUAACCUCAAGAAAGAACAGAUUCUUCCUUUACUCUCUGCUCUUGCAACGUUAUUAUUAAUUGGCGCUGUUGGUUAUGGAAUGUUAUAUUUAGUAAAAUUGGAAGAAGCUAAUAUACAAGCGAAAUAUGGUCAAUUUAAAGAGAAUUCAAAGGCUGUUUCUACACAACCCCAGUUAAAACUUCAUGAAAUGCGAGCUGAAACAUAUAAUGGACUUGUGCGACUACUCAAACCAGGAUGUAGAACUAUUGUUCUUUUAGUAGAUGCUCAAAGUAAAUUAAAACUAUUACCAUCUUUUCAUAGAGCAGUUUGGCCUUAUAGGAAAAACAAAACUUUAUUAUUCAGCCAUUUGUCAUUGGAGCGAGGACUUGAAUGGUAUAAAAGAAUUUUAAUCCUGAGUUUACCAGAACCUAGAGAAUUGAAUAUCAACGCUAAAAAUUGUGUGGGAACCGUUUUAUCGUUAAAUGGACAUCGUAAAUACUUUAGCAUGUAUCAUGCUAAACAUCCAGAAUGUAGAAAAGGAAAGGGAUCUACUAAACGUAUAGAAAAAAUUACUAAGCAAUUAGCUCGACCUCAAGAUGCAGAAGCUGGUGCAUUUAUUGGAUUUGACAGCUCUACUGAUUCGGAUGUUUCACAAAACGAAUUACAAGAUGAUUUUUUAUACCAAGAUAAACUAUUGGAUGGUCUACCUAUGUGGUUGGACAGGUUAUUCGAAGGUUCAACGCAGCGUUAUUAUAUUAACUACUGGCCAGACUUCACUGCUAAAUAAAAUAUGAAUCAUAAGAUGCAGCUCAAAUUACAUGGAAAAGAUUUAAAUAGAAAAUGGGAGAGUGAAAGAAAAAAGAUUGAGCAAGUAACAUUAAUGUUAGUUAUGAAAUACCUCUAAAACAUUUUGUUUCAUUUAAUGUUAUUGUUUAUAUUAA